CACACCAAACACCUUCACGCACAACAGCCGCCGCCGCAGCCGCCGCCAUGGCAUCCUCCAAGCUCACCGCCGGCCUCUUCCUCGCCUUGGCUCUCCUGGUGGCCACCACGCCACAGCCCACGGGGGCCACCAGGUCCCAGCCCACCACCCCGUCGUCGUCGCCGGCGCCGUCAUCGAGCCCGUCAGAGCCGCCGGCGACACCGUACUGCAUCUCGUGGUUCAUGGUGAUGACCCCGUGCAUGGACUUCCUCACCGACGCCGGCGUGGCCGAGCCCUCGAGCGGGUGCUGCAAGGGCCUCCAGUGGGUGGUCGACGCCGCGCCCAUGUGCCUGUGCUACGCCAAGAACGGGGAGAUCGACAACCUCAUGCCGGCCAACACCGACUUCCGCCGCCUCGCCGACCUCCCGUCGACGUGCGAAGUCACGUUGCCAGUGGAAGCACUCUCCGAGUGCGAGACUGAGCCGGUGCCACCGUUGAUGCCACCUAGCCCUCCUGCCGCAUAGGGAAACAAAACAUCUAAAGCUGGCGGUUGAAGAUUAGUGGAUUGCAAAGUUGCAGUGCCUUGGCAAAAAGAGUUACCUUAGUUACGCAGUGUGUUUCAGCAUCUCCAAGAGUUCCCAAUCUCACUUUCCCAUCCUUAUUUUUUUAGGAAAAAGAGAAAAAACCCUCUCCAAUAAUAGUUCCCUAUCCUACUUUUCCA